AUGACCAAUUUAAAGGCCAAUGAGAUCCGAGAGUCGACCUUGAAGCCCAUCUUGCCGAAUCCAACUCACCAGCUUCAACUAGAGCUGGAAAAGUAUCAGGAGCAGGUCACUACUCGGAUUACGCAUGAAGAUGCAGGUGUAACCGAGGCAGGUCAGAAGAGAAUAUCCUCUACUACACCCAACGAAAGUAAACAGUCAUCUUCUAGACAUUUUGAAAAGCGAAGCAAAGCCUGCACAAACUGUCGGAGAUCUAAAGUCAGAUGUGUCAAGUUGGGUGACGACGAAGUUUGCAAGAGAUGCAGAAAUCAGGGUAUUCAAUGUGUUUAUGAGUACAAGAUCGCCAGCUAUAGGAUCGUUGGUACCGGUGCCAAGGCUGAUCCUCCGUGCCAACAACGUCUAGUUCAUCCGCUUGCUCCAUUGUCUCGUCUCCCUCAUUCUUCUGCUUCUUCGACUAUGGCAAGUAUCUCUAACCUGUUGAAUCCAUCAGAUGAAUCUCCAGAACCACCUCAUACCUCUUCAGAACCACCUCACACCUCUUCAGAACCUUUAAAUUCUCCAAAGUUCGAAUGGCAGAACUCUGUAGAGGAACGAUUGAAGAAUUUCGAUUCCAAGCUUGGCUCCAUCAUCACCAUUUUGAACGAUCAAAAUUCUUCCCCACAUCCUAUACGGCAACUACCGUCUCUAAAUGCGUUCAUGGGCAAUGCUCUAUCCGUCGCAACUUCCACGUCCCCCUGCAUCUCAUCGAAUGUUCCCGUGACGAAGUUUGGGCCUAUAUCUCGUAAUUCAUCUUUAGAUCUUACGAUGAUUUCUCCUCCAAAUAAGAGGCGUAAGAUAGAACAUAAAGAUCACAAGUCGCUUGAUGAUAUAUUGACAAGGAAACAAGCUAUGGAACUUUUCAACUACUUUGAUGCCAAUAUCUCGUCGCAGCUUUUUGGUUUUAGUGUCGGCCAAUAUUCUGUAAACAGCGUCUGGGAGACUUGCCCAUUGCUUGUUGCCACUAUCUGCUGUAUUUCAUCGAUUCAUCAUCCGGUUUUCAAUAAUCUUUUUACUUCUUUGGAGGCUCUUAUCCAUAAAUUGAGCAUGGACACCCUUUCCUCUAGCCCGAAAACUGAACUUGAAGCAUUCAACACUAUAAUGGCUCUCUGUUUUUGUGGAUUCUGGUUUCAGAAGGACCAGAUGUUUACAGGUCUGGCCUUACAAUUGGCCAGAAGUAUGAAUUUGAUGUCCUCUCUAAACAAGCAAUCAAAGAUACCUAGAAAAGAUCGGGUGAAGCUCUGGUUUUUACUUUAUAUUUUGGAUGGGCAGCAGUCUUUGGUAUUCAAUAGACAGACUCUGGUUGAUCCAAGAGAUAUCACUCUUUCUAAGGGAAAAAGCAUUCUACUGGAAGCCGAAGACUUUGAGGCUGGAAAGAUUGAGGGCGCUAAUAAAGAUCAACAGCCAGCUCAAGAUCACAGCUUUGAGUCCACUUAUUCGAAUCUAAGAUUGGUUUCUCAGGUUCAAUAUCAUCAGGCUAUUGAUUGUGCCUUUGAGGAGGAAGCAUGGGACCUUUUUGCUCCCGCAUCCUUCGGACUACCUUACAAAACGAAUCUUGAAUUAGAUAAAUGGAUGGUUCAGUGGACAGUUCUACUCUCCAGUCUGAAGGCAUGUCCCGUAUGGUCUUCAAAGUCCACUCUUAUUUACUAUAAUUUUGCUAAAAUGCACAUCAAUUCUACUGCUAUUCGAAAGCUUCAAAUCGUCGGUACAGAAUUGCCUAGGUUGGACCAGUGUGAGGUAGAUGAUGAUUGGAAUGAGAAUUCCAAGAAAAUAGAAACCGGCAAGGGGGCCCAACUGGAUACGAAUGGAAACCCAAUUGAGGAGAACGAAAAUAGUGAAGAAGACGAAAACGAUGAUUCUGAUUAUAACACCUAUCAGGAUAUUAUUAAAGAAAUGUCUCCUUAUCAGAGCAGAAGAGUUUCAUCUGAAUUGGCUUUUUCGGCAGCAGAGACAGUUCUCAAAAUUGUUUUGGAAGACCCCAAUAUUAUUUCUGCUUUGAGGUAUGUUCCAAUUCAUAUACAUAUUAUGCUUUACUACGCAGCCUUGCUGGUGUUAAGAACACCUUCAUAUUUAAUCUCCAACCGUGAGGCAUCUUUUGAGGAGUCCUUGAGAUCGAUUCGGAUGGUCAAAAAGUUACGGAUAGCCGUCUUGGCCAAUACUCCUACAGAUAGAGAGUUUGCGCAAAGACUUGUUGUUGCCUUAACCAGCAUCCUUCGAGAGAAAGUCAAGACUCUAAAAGAGCGAAUUAGCCGCGAAACUGAUGGUGACAGGAAAUUUAAGCAGCUUGAAGAUAUGUUAAGCAGCAAUGACAGUAUGUUUCUUAAACAUAGAAAGCCUCAUAAGAUCAUGGCCUGGCCCGGUUUUGAUUCUGGUCAUCCUGGAUUGGAUGAGAAAAGAAGUUCCAUAACCACGAAGCCUCUUAAAGACUAUUACAAUUUAGAAUGA